AUGGAAAACACAACCUACGAAGCUAACGAUGGGACAGUGGUCUUUAACCUCUCGACUAUACUGGUAGCCCAAGAAGAAAUGCACACUACAGCCGCCCAGCAAAGUCUGUACACCCAGUCCUCGUUCACUUCGGUCGUAACAGAGGAAUGGAUCACAUUUGAAAAUGAGUUUGACAAUAACGGGACCUUAAAUUCCACUGAAGCUGUUAGUGUUAGUGUCCAACAGUUGUCCGACUGGCAGAUCUUCAUUGCUUCAGCGAGUGCAGUAUUUUCGUCCAUCACUGUGCUCGGCAACCUCCUUGUCCUGUAUGCGUUCUGUGCCGAGCGUCGCUUACGCACCUACACCAAUUACUACAUCGUAGGUCUCUCUAUAGCAGACCUGGUUGCAGGAGCAUUCACUAUGCCCAUGUACACUGUGUACUGGGUGCUAGGAUAUUGGCCACUUGGAGAUGCACUGUGUGAUACCUACCUGUACGUCAACCAUGUGUUUCUCCACGUCUCUGUUUUGGCGAUUCUGGUCUUGGCAUUUGAUCGUUACCAGGCCGUCUCACAGCCCUUGAAGCACCUUCAGAGACGCACCCUGAGUCACGCCUGCUACAUGAUCGGCAUUGCUUACGUUGUACCCAUCCUAAUUUGGCUUCCUUAUAUCAUCAUCUGGCCGUACAUAACAGGUAGUACAAAGACAGCAUAUACCUGUAUUCCAUAUUACGUAAUCGAGAGUCUAACUUUCUCAAUCUUGGCACCCAUAAUUUUUUUCUGGAUCCCCUUCCCAAUUAUCUCGUUCAUGUACUGGCGAAUUUACCUGGUCAUGAAGAGCAAAAAGACUCAACGUAGAGGUCGGGUGAUGAUGCAGGAGUUGAGUACGAGUACGUCCAGAGUGACAGUAGCCGGAGAUACAACCCCUAGUAACAUCAGCGUGAAGGUACAACCUCCCCAACGACAGCACACCGACGACAUUGCAGACGUGAACAUCAUCCUAGACAACGGAAACAACCAGCAAGAACUUGGCCAAGAAAACCCUGCCUUCGAUCUGAACGAAGAAGAGCAAUACGUAAGAAGCCCAUCAGCUCCAACGGCACGGCGCAACAACAGAAGAAGACAGUGGCAAGUACGAAGAAAGACCGAGAGAGUCGCAAGGAAAGCAACCGGGCAACCCGUACCCUAA